UACAAAGAUAACGUCAGCCAGUGAAUCAGCUGCACGUUGGAGAUCCACACCGACUUCUCGUUUAUCUUCGUGGCAUCAGCAAUGUGGCGUUCAUACUUCCUGCUGGCAGUACUGACUGGAUGUGGAGACCCCGUCAUAGGGUACAGUAAUGGGAAGGUGAGUGUGGCCUGUGGAGACAUGGUGCCUCAACAUGGUUACGACCCCAGCCCAGACCCUCCUCCAUACAGUAUCACUGUGGACAAAUCCACAUUCAGUCCUGGUGACAACAUCACAGUAUCUUUGCAAGUUGCCUCCUCUGACCCCACAUUCUUCAGGGGGUUCCUUAUAGAAGCUCGGGAUGCUGGGAAAUUGGACUUCCCAGCAGUGGGUUUCUUCAUCCUGAGUGACCCUCAUGAGUCCCAGCUGCUACAGUGUGGCCACACUCAGCAAUCUGGGGUGAGCCACAAGAGAAGCACAAAAAAGACUCAAAUUCAGGCUGUGUGGGAGUCACCGAUGAACCCUCCACAAAGAGUCCAGUUUCUUGUGACAGUGGUGCAUAGGUAUAGGGUAUAUUGGGUGAGGAUUGCAGGUCCCGUGGUCUCUCUGACAGAAGCGACUGCUGCUCCAUUCACUUCUGUUCCUGCUCAAACCACCAGCCCCACUGCUCUGUCCGCACCGUUUAGUUCAGUGGGGUGUGGUCACAGUAAAUCUUGCCUCAGAGACCCAGUGGGCUGUCACCCAGAGUCAGAUCCCCACUGUUUCUUCCUGUCAUUUACCACUGAUGAAGCAGGAUGUAGUGUGAUGUUUGAACUCAGUGGGCCUGCUGAAGGUUACAUGUCCAUGGCCCUAUCUCUGGAUAAAUGGAUGGGGAAUGAUGAUGUCUAUUUGUGUGUGAAUAAUGGAGGCAGAGUUACCAUCAAUGCUGCAUAUGCCUCUGGACGAACACACCCUGAGCUGGCAAUGGAGGAGGCUCUCUGGGGUCAGGCUUGGAGGCUGGCCGAUGGGGUCAUCCAGUGUCGUUUCCAUAGAAACAUCCUUCUACCUGACAGGUUCAACUUAAACCAGAGCUACUUCUUAUUUCUGGUCCAUGGUAGAUCUCACCAAGGUUUUAUCCUCAGACAUGAUCGUCAGCCUCUCAUCUCCACCAAUCAGAAGGUGAUUACUGGACAUCCAGAGGAUCUAAGUGGCUCUCGCUCCCCCUUGCUGAUCAAGUUUCAUGGUGUGUUAAUGCUGACUGCCUGGGUGUGGACAGUGAGCACAGCCAUCUUCAUUGCUCGCCACUACAAAAACCUUUGGCCCUGGUUUCAGGUCCAUCGAACCAUGAUGGUUUUGGCUAUGGUCCUAACCAGUGUUGCCUUCACCCUGCCUUUCAUAUACAGAAGGGGAUGGAGCAAGGGUGCAGGCUCUCACCCUUACAUAGGCUGCGCCGUCAUGGCUCUGUCUGUCAUCCAGCCUAUUAUGGCAGUUCUCAGGCCAGUCCCAGAGUCCCCCAGGAGGAUCAUCUUCAACUGGCUACACUUUGGAGCAGGCACAGCUGGCCAGAUACUUGCCACUGUGUGUGUAUUCCUGGGUGCUGCUCAGCAAGCGCUGUUGUUGCCCAUUCCCUGGUCUCCUGCAGUGCUGACUGGAUGGCUGCUUUGGAUUGUGCUGGCAGAUCUGCUUCUACUAAUCCACCCUUGCAGACUCAGAGGAAACAACAAGAGUGAUGACACAGAGAAUAUUUUGCUUGCUCAUAUUGGUGGCAGGUGGCAGCAUGGAGAGAUUUCCCCAGUCAAGAAGAUGGUGUUAGUGGUGUUCCUGAUAGGAAAUACAGGGUUCCUGGCUGCAUUUAUAAAAGCUAUUGCAAAUUUAUAAUCAUGACACAAAUGCAAAUGAAAGAGAGGGAGAUUAAAGGAUU